AUUAGUGGGUGCUUUGCAUCUCAUCAAUGUCGGAGCCAUUGUCCAGUUGUAAAGUUAGUUGUGAAAAGUGCGGGAAAGUGCUCCGUGAGGUUUGUUACAUCUUAGAGUCUGGUGUGAUUGUUGUGACCGGUCUAGAUAUGAGGCAAUGUUCUCAUUUGUAACUGUUGGGGUCGAAUGCUCAUUUGAGUGAUUCCUUCGUAGAACAGCUUUUGAUAAUUCCAGUCGAUGGAUGGUUGGUAGACUCCAAUUCAUCCAGGUGGCGCUUUUGUUUAACUGUAGCGUCCUUAAGUUUCCUUGUCCAUGUGUAGAUCAAUCCUAACUGCUCAACCCUCUUUAGUCCAAGUCCCGAUGAGAGGAUUUUGUUUUCUGUCGUGUGAUAUCUUCAGCAUUGUAGGUGUACCGAUCAUUCUUUUCGUUCUGCGGUCUGCGAUUAUCACGCCAUCGAUACUUGUGGACACACUCUGUGGAUCGAGUUCAUGGUGUUUUGUGUCUCUUCGGUUGUAAGUCUUUACAAUGGCACUGGAAUUGCACCCAAAGUGUGCUAAAAAUACUACAGUGACCUGAUGGAGCGUUGAUUAUGGCGUAGUCAUGCAUGUGAUGUCAUUAGUGCCACUGAAACAACUCGGCCGUUGCGAAGGGCCCCAACAGCAAUUAGAUCUUUCGAUAGGUUGCGUUGUCGAGUUGAAACAUGGAUGUCCUAUGGCAUGAUUUCUAUUCCAAAAUAUCUUAGAUCUGAAUUGGCGAAGGCUGAAUCAUCGAAUUUUGGAUUCGAUUCGAUUUUCAUUGGACUAGGAAAAUGGGGUCGAUCGCCGUGACUUCGGACAUUCGACAGAGCGCAAUAUGGGAGAUGAAACCGCACAUGAUUUGUGAGAACUGUUAUCUGCAACCCAGUCUUAAUGGGUUUUCGUUCCUGCAUGCGUUUGUGAUGAGAAUCUGAGAAGUAAUCGAGAGGAACUUGGAGAAUUUAAAAAUGACCUAAACCUGGAGUAGGUAGUAUUCUUGCAAUGAUAACUAUCAAGCGAAUCGUGCUUUCUCAAACGUGCUUUUGGUGCUUGUUAAUGCCACAUGAACGGUUUGCUUGAGGCUCUCGCUCAAAAGCUCUGCGAAGUGAUGGAAGCAGAUCCGUUAAACUUGGCCCAUCUACUUUAUUUCCUUGAGGAAACGAAGAAAACAUGGAGCGGAAGUCGCUUGUCAAGUUAUGUUAAUCAAGCAGGAACAAAAUUUGAUCGGAGUAUGCAGCAUCCUCGGGAUCAGCUGGCAAAUAUUGCCGUGAUUUUGCUGAUGUCGAGCUUGUGUUGCGGUCUUCAUGCUCAAGUCACCGAUGACUAUAUCACCUCAGAAACGAAUAUUACAACUGUAGACACGAAGGUUCUUCUCAUUGCCCCGCUUGGUGUGAUCACUCGUGAUAAAGCUGUAUUUACCACUGGGAUCACCAUCCGCCCUAUCUACAUACAAGCGCCGACUGGGUUGUACAUGUCACUAACUAUACAAUGCAAGGGAGGCCAAACUCAGCUCAAAGUGCCCGAUUAUGUUGCCAACACUUCUGUGCUUCAGAUCGACCACACGGGGGUGUGGAGGCCGCCACCAAAUUCCAUGAAUGCCAACGGCACAUGGUAUUUGACUGGUCUAGGCAUCAGGCUCUAUCAGAAUAUCUCAGUCACUAACAACGCUCUUUUCACUCUUGGUUACAGCAAACAUAUGGCUAAUGAUAUUGCUGGAAAGGCAACGAUGACGAUUAUACUAAGCUGGAAUGUAACCGUCCCGUCUGACGGAAGUAACCACGCUGAUUCGUUCAUGUUCACCCGCAAGAGACGCAUUUUCAUCUGGGCACCAACUACUUUGACGAGUUUCACUACAUUCCACGCCACAGUGGUGGCGUUGUGCCUGCUGGGCAUCUUUAUCGUGUGCUGCCUUGGCUGCCUCAACACGGUUGCAAUUCAAAAAAUGCGCGCUUUCAGUGUGCAGGUUGCCAAGGAAACUCGACAUAACCAGGAGUGUGAGCAGAACAGGGUCUUUAAUCCACUGUGGAUACCGUGCGCACCGACCCGAUCAGGAUACUACAACGUUGAGUCAACUCCGAAUUCAUUCAUGUUGCGGCAACGGCGUGCGGAGCUGAAAGCUAAGAUUCUGCGCAUGUCAACUCCAUUCAGCCUGAUAGACAGAUUGACGAGAGUGAGGCAUCUGAGGGCUGGAAAAUACGCAUGGGUAUGUCGAUGCCCAGGUGCACGGGCUUUACCAAUGCAAGACUCGAGCAGUGAUGACGAACAGCCAUUGACAUCCACUGUGGCUGCAUCAAAGGGUCCUACAUCAGCAACAUCUACGAACAGAGCCAACAAACAAUCCUCCCGUUGCUUGAGACCUUCCAGUAGUCAUAUCAAGAAACCUCACAUAGACGAGCUCGUCAUGGCAGGAGGAAUUGUACAACAAAGAGUUCCAUUUCGACUGAAAGGAAGCAGAUCAACUAACGAAGAAGAAGAAGAAGAAUCCACCAUUGAGGAGUGACUCAUGUAUAGGUUCAGUACAACUCCCAUUGUGAAUUGCUACUGCAGCUUUCGAUUUGGAUAAUCAGGCAAGCAGCAGCAACAGAAUAUGUUACCACACAUUCUCAGCAAGCACCUCCAGUGAUAAUGUAACGAGUCCAAAAGAGCUUACAAAGUUACGAGUUGAUAGACAAACAUCCAAAGCAGCUAAGAACUGGGUUGUCAGCAAUUCUAAACUAUCACUGCAUGUUGCUGGUGGGCACUCAGAGGAUAGGGAUACUUGUAGUGUGUGGGGACAGUGGCAACAGAAGCAAAAGCAUAUGGCUCUUAGUUGUGCUGGUUUUUGUGCCAUGUGUUGUUUGACCUCCUAACCCUAAAUCUAAUCAUGUUAACCUCAAUCUCGUUAUGAUUCAGGUUAAAAUCCUAGCUUUUUUGCAUCCUAAACUUUUUUCAACUUUCAUCCAUUUUGUUAUUGCGUGAUCAAAUUGAAAGUUCUAAUAAAUAAGUUUAUUUUUUGAUUCCA